CGCAGCGGGCGCGCAGGCUGUUUCCGGAAGUCGCGCCGGCCGUGUGUUCUUUUACAGUCCCCCCUGGGCUGUUGCCUCUGCCUCAUCGGAGGCCAGCACGGUAGCUACGGAACCCUGAGAAUAGAACUGCUGAGGCGAGCCUAGGCGGAGCCGGGGUUCCGGCCACUCUGAAGAAUGGAGAUAAUUAGGAAUAAUUUUAAGAGUAACCUUCAUAAAGUGUACCAGGCCAUAGAGGAGGCAGACUUCUUCGCCAUCGAUGGGGAAUUUUCAGGAAUCAGUGAUGGACCUUCAGUCAGUGCCCUGACAAAUGGUUUUGACACUCCAGAAGAGAGGUAUCAGAAACUUAAGAAGCAUUCCAUGGACUUUUUGCUGUUUCAGUUUGGCCUUUGCACUUUUAAAUAUGACUGCACAGAUUCAAAGUAUAUCAUGAAAUCAUUUAACUUCUAUGUUUUCCCGAAACCCUUAAAUAGAUCCUCACCUGAUGUCAAAUUUGUUUGUCAGAGCUCCAGUAUUGACUUUCUAGCAAGCCAAGGAUUUGAUUUCAAUAAAGUAUUUCGCAAUGGAAUUCCAUAUCUAAAUCAGGAAGAAGAAAGACAGUUGAGAGAGCAGUAUGAUGAAAAACGUUCUCAGGCCAAUGGUGCAGGAGCUCUGGCGUAUGUGUCUCCUAACACUUCAAAAUGUCCUGUGACAAUUCCUGAGGAUCAGAAGAAGUUUAUUGACCAAGUAGUAGAGAAAAUAGAAGAUUUACUACAAAGUGAAGCAAACAAGACCUUGGAUUUAGAGCCAUGUACCGGGUUUCAAAGAAAACUAAUUUAUCAAACUCUAAGCUGGAAGUAUCCCAAAGGCAUUCACAUUGAGACUUUAGAAACUGAAAAGAAGGAGCGAUACAUAGUUAUCAGCAAGGUGAAUGAAGAAGAACGUAAAAGAAGAGAGCAACAGAAACAUGCUAAAGAACAGGAGGAACUAAAUGAUGCUGUAGGAUUUUCAAGAGUCAUUCACGCCAUUGCCAAUUCGGGAAAACUCGUUGUUGGACACAAUAUGCUCCUGGAUGUCAUGCAUACAAUUCAUCAGUUCUACUGCCCUCUGCCUGUGGACUUGAAAGAGUUUAAAGAGAUGACAACAUGUGUCUUCCCCAGACUUUUGGACACUAAAUUGAUGGCCAGCACACAGCCAUUUAAGGAUAUCAUUAACAACACAUCCCUUGCAGAACUGGAAAAACGGUUAAAAGAGACACCUUUCAGCCCUCCUAAAGUUGAAAGUGCAGAAGGUUUUCCAAGUUAUGACACAGCUUCCGAACAGCUCCAUGAGGCAGGCUAUGAUGCUUAUAUCACAGGACUGUGCUUCAUCUCCAUGGCAAAUUACCUAGGUUCUUUUCUCAGUCCUCCAAAAAUUCAUGUGUCCGCCAGAUCAGAAAUCAUUGAACCUUUUUUUAACAAAUUAUUUCUUAUGAGGGUCAUGGAUAUCCCAUAUCUAAAUUUGGAAGGACCAGACUUACAACCUAAACGUGAUCAUGUUCUCCAUGUAACAUUCCCCAAAGAGUGGAAAAGCAGCGACCUUUACCAGCUGUUCAGCGCCUUUGGUAACAUUCAGAUAUCCUGGAUUGAUGACACAUCAGCAUUUGUGUCUCUCAGCCAGCCUGAACAAGUACCAGUUGCAAAAAUAGGCUCCCUGCAGGGCUGUGCAGCCUCUCCUAGCCCAAUGAGAGCUCUUCCUUUAAUCCCGGCACAGAGACCAUGCACGGCGCCAAGUGCUGGCUAAUUAGGUGAGUGGAGAUAUAGGAAGCAACUGUUAAACUUGACUUUAAUAGAAAAGGAUGUUCUCUGAAUUUCUGCUUUUUCUUGAUAUCCUAUUCUGCAGACUGCCUUCUUUUUGUGAAUUUCCACUUUUACUUUUGCUUUGUGUGAUGAGGGUUGAGAGAAUCAGAGAUGGGUAUUUUACUUUGCCAGACCAUUUCAGUUGCAGUUUGAUUUUGCACCUUACCCCCUCUGAAAAGAGAAGGGGCCUGAGAUGGAAGAAGAAUAAAAAGCAGUGAACUACUUGUUUAACGUGUUUGUGACAGAGCUGUAAUUCAUAUGUCUCACGGCCAGAUAUUUUAAAGAAAAUAAAACCAAGUAAAAUAAAACAGAAUAAAGCCAAUCAAAAAGUGUGAUACAGGAUUUCAAAAUAAAAUAAUAGGAACUCAACAAUGGCUACUAUAAUGCCUCUUAUAGGCUUCAAAAUAACUACCCAUUGCAUCAGACAUAGGAAAAUCAAACAAAACAGAACAAUAAAAAUAAAGCAGUGAACACAAUGCAGGACUUCAAAACAAGAUAAUAGUAAAUCCAGAAUAGCUACCAUAAUAUAUUUUGUUAUCUUUGAAAUAGCUACCCCUUCCAUCAGAUGUAAUAAACAGUGAAACAGUGAAAAUGAUAUAGGACUUUAAAACAAGACAGUAGGGAAUUAACAAUGGCCACCAUCUUUAGAAAGAGAUCCCCCAUACAUGCUAUCCUAUGUAUUAUUAUCCUCUAAAAAGAUGAUCAUAUUACCAGCUUUAGGCCUACAAAGUCAAUGAAACACUAAACACUACAAGCAUUAAAUUGUAUUUCAGUUCAAUAGCUAUCACCUUAGCCUACAUUUCUCUGGAUCAGCUACUCACGUAUGGUGUUGGGGGUGUGGAACCUUGGCUCUUCUUGGCUCCCAGCCUACAUGCCAGGAGCGGCUGGCAUCUGGUUGUCAUCUACAGAUCUCGAACAGAUAGUGCCAACAACUUCAAACCUGGCUUCCUGAGUUUGCCAGAUAUACUCUUAACUCUCAAACAGGAGGGGUCAUCUGUUUCUGUUCCUGGCGCACAGCCUUUAUCUGUUAGUGCAUUUACCUCCUCAUCUAUAGAAAUCACAUUUAGUGAGACUGACACAAGAAAAUCUGGGUGUUUUUCUCAGAGUUUUCGGUCACAAGAUUAUCUGUGAGAAUUCUGGAUAACUUCAUACAAGCAGAAACAAGGAAAUAAUUAAAGACUCUCAACUCCGUUUUUAAAAAUUAAUAGUAGUGGACCAGGAGUUUAGAUCAGCAGCAUAAGCCCCUGCCUAACGAGCACGAGGUUGUAAGUUCGAUCCCUGGUACAAAAAAAAAAAAAUUAAUAGUAGUAUUUUAAUUAUAGACUAAAUUCUUGUACUUUCUCAUGAAAUUAGACCUCCUCCUCUUCCUCAUUUUAUAUGCCACAUUGGGCCAUAGUGUGUAAAAGAAAGUUUCAUUUUGAUACAUAAAUGAUGUAAGAAUUUCAUUUUAUGUGUUGUUAUGGUUUUGGUCUAGCUGUCCCUCUAAAGUCUCUUGCAGUUAGCGUUUUCUUCAGAGGUGGCUGAAUCUAGAGUAUGUGACUGAUUCGUAGUGCAGUGCUGGGAUUAAGGGUUGUGGAGUUAAGGUGGGUGAUUGCUAGAUCAGUCUGCUGAUUGGAUGUACACCUCCUUAAUCACCAUAGAUUGGGUGCAAUGUAAGGGAGAGUAAGAGGCUGUUUGUUAAGUGUAUCUUUUUCUCAUUACUUUUUUGCUGUCUUCUACAAUAAACAGUUGCCCUCUGCCUUGUGCUACCUUGCCCUGGAGCCAGUCAGUUAUGGACUGAAACCUCCAUAGAUUAUGGAGGUUAAAAAUAAAUAAACCUUUCACCUGUUAACUUUGGGUGUCAGGUGUUUUGUCACGGCAAUAGUACCAUGAUGUAUAGUCAUAGACUUCAUGGAUCUGAACAAGUAAAGGUACCACAGGCAGGAUCUGAGUGAUACUUACUAUUGUCUUGAUGUUAACCACUUGGAAAAAUUAGACAUGCAGUUGAUAAUUCAGUUUUAAUAUUGUAUAAGAGACAUUUAAACAGAAUACUAUUUGGGAAAUCAUAUGUAACUAAAGGAAAAAUAUAUUCCAUAGAGUAUUUAAGUACAUUGAAAGAGUUCCUUCUAACUUUUCAUUAGAUUUCUAGUUUUAGUUAAGGGAAUCUUUUUCAUCCUUGUCCUUCCUUGUCUUGUUAAAUGUUUGCAAGCACUGUGAAAAGUGAUUAUUUUAGAGGUUGAUCUGUGUGGGGGUCUUUUUGGUUGUUGUUAUCAUAGAUCAAACUCAUGAUCUCGUGCUUGCCAGGCAGACACUGUGCCAUUGAGCUAAAUCCCUGUCCAAUCUUCGUUUUCUUAUCUUGAUAAUUGAAUAGUCUUAAUGCUGCAUGAACAGCUGCCCCUAGGAACAAAGAUCUUUUUCAUAAUUCACGUUUGGACAGGAAAGUGUACCCUGGUAAUGAAUCUUGAUCAUCUGAACUGCCAGUGAUGGACAAAGGGUCUGACAGCAUACAUAACAUACUGGUUUGGCUUUAGGCCUGGGCUCUCUUUUAAGAGCAUACUGAUAAGGAAAAACAAAACAAAACUAUUCAUAACUAAGUAGUUGUCUUGGAAAAACAGUGCAUACAGUGUCUUAGGUUAAGAAAAAUGAGAAUUAAAAAAAUAAAUAAAAUUUUAAAGAAAGAAAAUGAAAAUUGUAACCUACAUAUGAAUAUCAACUACUUGGUUGUUUGGAGAGUCCCCUUCUUCCUAGGAGCUCUUUGUCUCUCUAGUGUUUGUGUCACUACUUGGGGAUACAUAAGGGCCCAUGAGUUGUUUUCUUCAUAAGGCUGGUCGCUGUAUCUUUGAUUUUUUAAAUGUACUCUCAUUGUAUGUUUUAUAUAAAUGUUUACUCUUUCUUGCAUCAGGUCUCUUUCUAUACAUGUACAAUGUUAAUUUUAAGUCAGUAGGAGAAUGGACUUCUCUCUGUACAGAGAAAUGGAGCAGAAAGCGGAGAUUUUUCGAAUUUAUGCCCGGUCCCCACCCUGGUUUCUGAUUUUGUUGCAUGGCAUUAGAGAAUGUGAUUAAAAUAGUUGGCGGUAUUUGUUGAGUCUUGCUUUCUGACUUAGUUUUUGUAAAUAUUCCAAGUAUGUUAUGAAAUUUAUUUUUUAGUUGAUAAAUAUAGGGUUCUGAAGGUUUAUUGUAAAUAUGUGGUUCCAAUUUUCUAGAUAUUUAUUGAUUAUUUUUGUUUGUUUGAUCUAUGAGUUUGUAAUUAAGAUACCUGUUUUUACCUUGUUCUGUGGUUAUGUAGUUACUGAUUUUCUUUGCAUUUUAUUAAGUUUUACCUUGCAUAGUUUAAUGCUGUUGUCCUAAUUAGUGGUCUGUUGUUUUGUUUUUUGUCUUGAAUUCAUUUUUGUCUAGUUUAACGUAAUUUAUUUUGAGGUUUUCCCUUUUUGGUUAGUAUUUGUCCAGUACAUCUCUGUCCAUCCUUUUGUCCCACCCUUUCCAAGUAGCUAUAGAUGUGUCUUAUGAGUAGCAGAUGGAUACACAUUGACUUUUUCUCCAGUCUGCAUGAGAAUGUCUGUAUCUUAAA